UGGGAGUGUUGAGGCUGGUACCUCCCUCAGACUGUGGAUCUAAACUUGCUGCAGGCAGUUGUUAGUAGUUGAGUGGCAGCAGACAUGUUCUGAAGUUGUCUGGUGUAAAUUAAAGGCAACUAACCAGACUCAACACGCAGAGAGACAAUACAGGAGCACAACUUUGAAGACUUAACACAGCUGAGUGACAAUGAGUGGCCGCUUCAGUGGGAGCUACUACGAGGCCUCCCCAGAGCUCAGACUGGUUCUGCUGGGGAACAUUGCCUGUGGAAAGACCUCGUCAGGAGACACCAUCCUGAGCCAGCAGUCGUCCAUCUCUCCCUCUGCGUCCCGGAGCUCCCAGCUCAGGCAGGGCUUCUCUGAAGGCAGAAAGGUGACCCUGGUGGAGGCGCCCAGAUGGUACUGGAACGGGGGCCUGAUGGAGGACAGCGUCAGGAAAGAGACAGAGCGAGCGAUGAAGCUGGUGGCACCAGGCCCUCAUGCAGUUCUGCUGCUGAUUCCUGUCAGCCAGUUCACUGAGAUGGAGAACCAGGUCCCUGCAGAGUUGGAGAAGGUGUUUGGAGAGGAAGUGUUUGAUCACACCCUGGUCCUGCUCACCUGUGGGGACUACUUGAUGGGAAGGACAGUGGAGGAGUAUUUACAGAAAGAGCACCCAGGACUGACGCAGAUAAUUGAUCGCUGUAAUGGAAGGUACCACGUCUUCAAUAAUCGGCAGCGACAGGACAGGGAGCAGGUCAGGCAGCUGUUGGAAAAGGUGGACAGAAUAGUUCAUAAAAGUGGGAUACUCUCCUUGAAAACAGCUGAGGACAGAGAGCUGGAGAGAAGAAUAAAAGAAAGAAAGCUUGAACUCAUGGAAAGUUACAAAGCUCAAAAGGAACAACAAAGAGAGACCAUUGCUUCAUUAUACACCACAAACACACAAACACAACCAAGCAUCAACCCUGUUUUGGAGAGACUGAGUAAAGAGCAGAAGGAUGAGAUGAAGGAGGGAGGAGGAGUGGAUGUGAACCAAGUGUCUAAUGGGCUUUACUCGACCCAAAACCAAGAGAAAAAGUCACAACCUGAAGACAGGGAGCUGAAGAGAACUCCCAGUUUCAGAUUAAAUGCAGAUGGCGCUAUACUCUCACAAAUGUCUGAAGCUAAAAGAGCACCAAAAAUGACCACUACUUUUCAUCACAGAAUAAACAGCUUUGAAGACAGAUCUCCCGAGGCGUCUCCUACCUCCUCGUCCUAUUCACCUGUCUUCUCCUCAACCCCCUCCUCACCAACUUUUGCCUCCUCACCUGGUGUCGCCUCCUCAUCCUCCACCUCAUCAUUCACCUCAUCCUCUCCAGAGCUGCGUCUGGUGAUAGUCGGACGGUCUGGGGCAGGGAAGAGUGCUGCAGGAAACUGUAUCCUAGGCCGGGAGGAGUUCAGGUCCCAUGAAGACAGCUUGACAGAGAUCACUCAUGAGUGUGAGAAAAAUAAAGCUGUGGUCGCAGGAAGAAGGGUGGCAGUGGUGGAUACCCCAGACUGGUUUCGCACUGAGAAGUCACUAGAGGAGGUACGAGCUCAGAUCUCCUCCUGCGUGGCUUUGUCCAGUCCUGGUCCCCACGCCUUUCUCCUGUGUGUCCCCGUGGACCAGCCUGCAAAGACUGAGCAGCAGGCCCUCAAGGCCCUCGAAGUUGUGUUUGGCCCAGAGGCCGUCCAGAAACACACCCUGAUCCUUUUCACAUAUGCAGAUCGGCUGAGGGAAAGCGGGAAGGCAGGGAACAAGAACGUGGAGGCCUACAUCGCUAGUCAGCGUCCAGAUUUGUUAAAGCUUGUGGAGAUGUGCAGGGACAGAUUUCAUGUGAUGGAGACAGUAGGAGGUGAGAUGAAUGUGGAAGAGCUGCUAGAGAAGGUGGAGCAGACCGUGAAGGAGGCUGGAGGAGGGUGUUACUCUUCUCCUGCUUUUCAGGAGGCAGAGGACAGGGUGAGGCAGAGGCAGUUGGAGAUAGUAAGGGAGCAAAGAGGGGUAAAAGCAGAAAAGGAGAGUGUGGGAGUAGUUAGACCACUCAGCUCUGAGAGGAGGGGGUUGUAUCCUUACAUGCAGCCUGUGGAAGAAGAGGAAGUGAGGGAAGAUGAGAUUGAGAAAACAAGGGAUGAGGCAGAAAUGAGCGUAAGCACCAUGAACAUUGAGAGCCUUCCUCCGAUUACACUUUCUGAUCUGUCUCCUUCACUUCUUCAGUCCAUUAGGGAGACAAUAGAGUCUAGUGCGAAGAUGUUGCCCAAGCUGCUGGCAGAUGGGUCUGUGUGGGUUGGCGAGGGUGCAAAGAAGGUAAAAAGCAAUCCAGUGUGGGGGACAGUUGGCAGCGGUGCACAAAAUGUCCAGAAAAUGGUGGUGGACAGUUCUGUGUGGGGCAAGGUGGGAGCCAGUGCUGGACAUGUUUCCAAAUAUGUAGGAGAUAGAGUUCCCAAAGUAGUGGUGGAUGGUUCUACAUGGGUGGGAUCUGGAGCAAAAGCAGCAGCAGCAAGCCCUGUGUGGGGAAAAGUCGGUUCAGGGGCCAAAUCUGGGGCCAAGUUGGUAGCAGAGAGUUCCAUGCGUGUUGGAAGUGGGAUUGGAAGUGGAGCAAAGAAACUGGCACAGAGUCCAGUGUGGGGAAAGAUGGGCUCCGGGGCCAAAGCUGGAGCUAAAAUGGUUGCAGAGAGUUCAGUGUGGGAGAAAAUUGGGAAUACUGCAAAACAAGUCCCCAAGGUCGUCAUCGGUGGUGCGGUGCUGGGUCUGGUGCUCGGUGUGUUUUUGGGUGGUGUGAUCGGUGGAGCUGUGGGGGCCGCUGCUGGAUCUGUGGCAUCUGAAGUGGGCAGGAGAAAGUUUAGCAAUAAAAACACCUUAGAAAAGACAGACAACGCUGUAAAAAAUGUGGAAAGUGCAGUGAAUGACAGCAUCGAUUCACCGCUAAAACAAGGGGAGAAAGGAUUGAAAACUGAAUGAAAGACUGAAUGGAACUUGUAAAUAAAAUGUGUAACAAAUGAAAAGACUUUCAACUUCUAGGUAUUUAUAGAAGUGUCAGAACAGGAUUCUAAUGUGUAUAAAAAAAAGAAAAAACUGAUGUUUGCCUGAAUGUGACAUCAGUGUAAACUGUAAAUAUAUUUGAAAUGACUCAGAGCUAUGUUAUGAAUAAUAUACAGAAUGUAAAAUGAAAUGGUAAUUUAGUAUGCUUUACAUGAACAGAAAACAUUUUGGACAAUUGAUUUUUCUGAAUUUUGGACUACUAUAUGAAUUAAAUAAGUUAUAGGUAAAAUAAAUGUAGUAAAUGUAAAGGAAUUUGGUAGUGGAGUUAGACAGGUCUUCCACAUAAUCUUGUUACAUUGUAUUUUUAAUUAAAGAACAUUAAUUAUAAAAUUGUCACUUCUUU